UCAAGCCGCCGGAAGUUGUGUUUCUUGUACUGCAGCUAGCUUGAUGUUUCGGUCCGGAAAAGCAGCGAGUCGCAGUGAAACGCGAGGAGAGGAGGAAAGAGGAUGAUGGGAGCGAAUAUUAUUCCCUUUAAGUGACCCACAUAUUAUCUAGGCUAGUUGUCGUUCUCGGGGAUUUUUCUCCACCAAGAUGUCGGCGUCGGCGAUAUUUAUCCUCGACCUGAAGGGAAAGGUGCUAAUCUGCCGUAACUACAUGGGGAACAUGGACAUGAAUGAGAUUGACCACUUUAUGCCCAUCCUGAUGAAGAGAGAAGAGGAGGCUGAGAUGACACCUAUGGUCAGCCAUGGCUCUUCACACUUCCUGUGGAUCAAACACAGCAACCUUUACUUGGUGGCAAUGACCAAGAAGAAUGCCAAUGCUGCUCUGGUGUACUCUUUUCUUUAUAAAAUUAUCCAGGUAUUUAAGGAGUACUUUAAGGAGCUUGAGGAGGAGAGUAUUCGUGACAACUUUGUGACAGUGUACGAGCUGAUGGACGAGGUGAUGGACUUUGGUUUCCCUCAGACAACUGACAGCAAGAUCCUACAAGAGUACAUCACCCAGCAGGGUCAUAAAUUAGAGGUCGGGGCCCCUCGACCUCCUGCCACCGUCACCAAUGCUGUGUCUUGGCGGUCAGAGGGCAUCAAGUACAGGAAGAACGAAGUUUUCAUGGACGUCAUUGAGUCAGUAAAUCUACUGGUGAGUGCCAACGGAAGCGUCCUGCGGAGUGAAAUAGUGGGCACCAUCAAGCUCAAAGUGGUCCUGUCGGGGAUGCCUGAACUCAGAUUGGGCCUCAAUGACAAAGUCCUGUUUGAAAUCACAGGCAGAGAGAAGAGUAAGACAGUGGAGCUGGAGGAUGUGAAAUUUCAUCAGUGUGUCCGUCUGUCACGCUUCGAGAAUGACCGCACCAUCUCUUUCAUCCCCCCUGAUGGCGAGAGCGAGCUCAUGUCCUACCGCCUCAACACUACAGUGAAGCCUCUCAUAUGGAUCGAGAGCGUGAUUGAGAAGUUCUCUCACAGCCGUGUGGAGAUCAAGGUGAAGGCUCGGAGUCAGUUUAAGAGCCGGUCCACUGCCAACAAUGUGUCCAUUCUGGUGCCAGUGCCCAGUGAUGCUGACUCACCCAAGUUCAAGACCAGCACAGGCAGCACCAAAUGGGUGCCAGAGAAGAGCGUGGUGCAGUGGAACAUCAAGUCUUUCCCUGGUGGUAAGGAGUACAUGAUGCGGGCACACUUUGGGCUACCCAGUGUGGAGAGUGAAGAGCUGGAGGCAAAGAGACCAAUCACAGUUAACUUUGAGAUCCCCUAUUUCACUGUGUCUGGGAUUCAGGUGCGUUACCUUAAGAUCAUAGAGAAGAGCGGUUACCAGGCAUUACCAUGGGUGCGCUACAUCACACAAAGUGGAGAUUACCAGCUCCGGACAAACUAAAGGGCACAGAUGCUGUUAGACGAAUUUUCUGUCUCUGUCUGUCUUCCACUCUCUUCUCUCUGUUUCUCCGGCUCCAUGUCUGCAAUGGACAGCAGAGGACAAGUGCAGGAGGACACAGGAAAUUCUUUCUCACUCUAAACGGAAACAAGACAUCAUCCCUUCCUCUAAGACAUUCUCAACUCAGACGGGAAAGGCUGUUGCAUCACCUCUGACCAGUGAUUUUUUUUUAAAGGGUUCCUCAGGACUCCAGUGAAUCGUUUUAAUAUGUGAAUAAUGAACUGAUGGCUUUGUGACACCGUCUGGUUCUGGCAAGCUCUCAUUUUCUCACUUUUAAUGUGAUAUCCCUCAAGGUUAAUUUAGAACUGAAUUUGGGAACAAGACAUUAUUUUUAAUUACGUUUUGCUCAAAAAUAGAAAACUUUAAAAUAUUACAAAAUAUAGAAUUGGAAGCAUUAUCUUUUUUGGGUACUUGGAUUGUCUACUGAGACGUGUAGCUUUCUACUGUGUAACAUGUAAACCACCAGAUUGUGUAGUGCCAAUAUACAGUAAGUGUGAUGGGUCAUUGUCAAUUUCUAUUUCUCAAAGGGCCAUAAUAUUGCAGAUGGGUGAUUUUUCUGUGCCAUGUACUCCAUCAGAUUUGUUUUCUUUUCUGUUGCUCCAUGCAGAAUUUUAACCACUACACCACAUCUUGGCAUUGCCAGCAUCUUUAACUGUAAGGGUUUUUAUUCCUCAUAUGUUUUGUCCUUAAUAUCCACUUUAUUAUCCAUAUACAGUUCUUUUUAACUUGGCUGUUAAUCUUCUCCCUCUCAAAGGCAUAUGUUUUGCCGCAACCUCUAUAUUAUAUGUUCUUUGCCUUAAAAAAUUGCCUAUGUAUCAUCACCUUUAGCACUGUGAAUAUAAUCCCCAGUGCAAUGAAACUAACACCAGCGACCAGAUCAAUGAUUAAUAAGGCACAAUAUUGUCAGAGGCAUUGGAAGUGUAACAUAAUGCCAUCAACGCACUCUCAUGGGGCCUGUAACCUUGUCCUUGUGCUUGAAAUCAGCUUGCUAGCUUUGAGGCAGAGAAUGAAGGAAUGAGCACGGUGCAGAGUCUUGUCAAAUUUUUAUCUGUUGUUUACUGUAUUAGUUAGUCCCCUGUGGAAAAUGAAGGACACAAGAGGGGUUGUUGGGGGGGGGGGACACACACAAAGGUAAAAUAACCUUAAGGGAUUUCUUUGCAGAAUCUGAGAAUAUUGACAAUAUGUUGAGGUAAUUGUUUUUCCACAACUCUUUAUUUUGUUUAAAUGUCGACCUCUACGGGCCUCUAUAAGUCUUCAAAGCAGUUUGUGGUGUAAUUCACUCCCUCUGUUGUGCAUGCACUGCACCACAUCAGUUCAGCUGCACUGCUGACAGCAAAGAAAAGAGCCCUGUGUCAGUUUAUUGCAUCUCUGCUGUUACGUACAAAACCUUCUAUUACAAUCAUUCCAUCAUCUUGUGUGGGGACAUUUUUUUAGACAUCAAUGAGGAUUGUUAAGGGUGUGUUAUCAUGUGUUUUUAUUAAUUUAUUAACUACUAUUUGUCAAUAGGAAGCAAAGGGAUAUAUUUGGAAAUAAACAAUGUUUUGUAUCUUG